GGCACCCGGAGAACCCGGAUGGAGCCCCGGCGCGGCUGGAGCGGAGGGCGCUGCCGCCGCUUCUGUUUCCCCGCGGUCCGCAGGUUCCUGCUCCGGGGUUAGAUCCCAGGAACCGCCGCCUAGACCAGUUCCAGCGCCCGGAGGCAGGGCCCCAGCCUGAGCGGAGAGCGAACCGGAGCCUGAAGCGGGCGCCCAAAGGAAGCCCGAGCAUCCCUGGGGCCUGCGGCUCCGGCUCCGGCUCGGAGUCGGCGGGCGGAGACCGAGCCGAGUCUUCUUCCCGCGCCGCCGGCGGCCUCAGCUCGCCCGGGCCGCCUUCUAAACGCUCCGUCCUUAAUCAUACACCAACAGGCCCUACCCGUUACGAGCUGGUGUUCUUUACAUGCAUGCUCACAGUUAAACCUCCCAACAACCCUGUAAGCAAAAAUCUACGACAUCUCUGGAAAGCUACCUGAGAAUUUUGGGGUGCCAUGUCGAAGAAACGCAAAUGGGAUGAUGACUAUGUUCGUUACUGGUUCACCUGUACAACGGAAGCCGAUGGAACUCAGCGCCCACAGUGUGUAUUGUGUAACUCCGUAUUUUCAAAUGCUGACCUCCGACCAUCAAAACUGUCAGACCAUUUUAACCGACAGCAUGGUGGCGUAGGUGGGCAUGAUCUCAACAGCCUGAAACAUAUGCCAGCACCGUCUGAUCAGAGUGAAACCUUGAAAGCAUUUGGAGCCGCAUCUCAGGAGGACGCCUUAUUACAAGCAUCCUAUCAGUUUGCGUAUUUAUGUGCCAAGGAGAAGAAUCCGCAUACAAUAGCUGAAAAGUUAGUGAAACCUUGUGCGCUGGAGAUAGCACAAAUAGUUUUGGGACCAGAUGCACAAAAGAAGCUUCAGCAGGUACCCUUAUCAGAUGAUGUGAUCCAUUCUAGAAUUGACGAAAUGAGCCGGGAUAUCUUACAGCAAGUUCUAGAAGAUAUCAAAGCCAGUCCUCUUAAGGUGGGGAUUCAGCUUGCUGAGACAACGGACAUGGAUGACUGCAGUCAGCUAAUGGCAUUUGUGCGAUACAUAAAAGAAAGAGAGAUCGUAGAAGAAUUCCUGUUCUGUGAACCACUGCAGUUAACAGUGAAAGGAAAAGACGUGUUCAAUCUAUUCAGAGACUUCUUUUUGAAGCAUAAGAUAGCGCUCGACGUAUGUGGCUCUGUUUGUACUGACGGCGCCUCUUCUAUGCUAGGAGAAAAUUCAGAAUUUGUUGCCUGUGUGAAAAAAGAAGUCCCUCAUGUCGUGGUCACACAUUGCUUGUUGAACCCUCAUGAGCUUGUCACGAAGACGCUGCCUACAAAGCUGACGGAUGCUCUUUCUACCGUGGUGAGGGUGAUCAAUUUUAUCAAAGGCCGAGCUCCGAAUCACCGCCUGUUCCAGGCUUUUUUUGAAGAAAUUGGAAUAGAGUAUAGUGUUCUCCUGUUCCAUACCAAAAUGAGGUGGCUUUCCCGAGGCCAGAUACUUACUCAUAUUUUUGAGAUGUAUGAAGAAAUCAAUCAGUUUCUUCACCACCAAAGCAGCAAUUUAGUUGAUGGCUUUGAAAAUAAAGAGUUUAAAAUCCACCUAGCGUACCUAGCAGAUUUAUUCAAACACCUAAAUGAACUUAGUGCGUCUAUGCAGAGGACUGGGAUGAACACAGUAUCAGCUCGGGAGAAGUUAUCUGCUUUUGUUAGGAAGUUUCCAUUUUGGCUAAAGCGAAUUGAGAAAAGAAAUUUUACCAACUUCCCUUUUCUUGAAGAAAUCAUCGUCUCAGACGGUGAAGCGUUACGCAUUGCAGCGGAAAUAGCCCUGCACCUCCAGCAGCUGAGCAGCUUCUUCCACGGAUAUUUUUCUGUUGGAGAUCUUGAUGAGGCAAGCAAGUGGAUACUGGAUCCAUUUCUUUUUAAUCUGGAUUUUGUCGAUGAUGGUUAUUUAAUGAAAAAUGAUCUUGCUGAGUUACGAGCUAGUGGCCAGAUCCUAAUGGAAUUUGAGACAAUGAAACUUGAGGAUUUCUGGUGUGCUCAGUUCACGGUGUUUCCAAGCCUGGCAAAGACAGCUCUAGAAAUCCUUACACCCUUUGCAACUACAUAUCUUUGUGAGUUGGGAUUCUCAUCACUUCUACAUUUUAAAACUAAGUCUAGAAGCUGCUUGAAUGUGAGUGAUGACAUCCGUGUGGCUAUUUCAAAAAAGGUUCCUCGCUUCUCAGACAUCAUUGAGCAAAAACUACAGCUACAGCAGAAGUCACUCUUCCUGUCACAUGCCACCAAGAGACCCACUUCAUACGCUUCGUUUCCAGUCUUAUUCCACGAUUAUGAAUGGCUAAUGAGAAAGUUCUGACUCCAUUCCUUUUACUAUGUGAUUCUGGACAACGCUUGUGGAGGCUGGAGAGCAGGACUGAACGUGUCCUGAGCCUCAGUUUUCUCCCCUACAAGAUAAAACAGACAAGUUUUUCCUAAAGAACCUUUUUUAUUUUUUUUUCCCACAGAGGCCAUAUUUCAUUUGCUUAAUUUUGGAAUUUUGGUGGCCCUGACAUAAGUAGAAAGAACCUUUCAUAGAUAUAAACAGAAAAGGAGACUUUUGUUGUUUAUUUUUUUGUUUUGAGUUUUUUGUGAUGGCAUCAACUUGAUUUCAGGAACAAUCACGGGUCUUAUGUAUCGUUUCCUUCUACUAACAGAGAGCCUAACCUAUAAUUUUGGAGACUUUCAUCCUUUAUCAGGUUAACCUUUUUGUCCUGGUACUAAUAUUUAUCCACAUUUUCAGGAGGCCUUUAUCCCCAGUGCUUUACUAUGCAGGGUCUCAUACCAACAAGUUGGAAGAGGGGUACAAUGAACACUCAGAGGACUAUUUUCUGGAUUCAAAAAUUAACAUUCUGCUAUAGCUGUUUAUAUAAAUGUAUAGGUAUCCACGUAGCAAACAGGGUCCAAUAAGAACAGAAACCAUACCAAUUUUUAAACAAAAAGAAUCUACAAAAAGGAAUCACUGACCAGGUAUUGGAGAAGUUGAAAGGCAAAAGGGGGUGUGGAGGCGUCACAGGGAUAGUAAAUGCACGGAGCAGCCGGCAUCACUAGGGCUAGAUGAACAAGGAAGGGGGCUGGCACUGUCAAAAGGUGCAAAACUGGAUGAGGGGUCCCUUGGAAGGGAGACUCAGCUCUCUGGGGAAGCGGCCUGCCUGCCUGGUAUUUCUUAGGCACUUAAAGAUCUAAAGAAUGGGUCCCAGCCUGCCCGUGCUGCCAUCUCUGAGCAUGCGUGACAAGGCUGGCUCUGGAAAUAUGAAGAAACUGAAAAACCAACUGAACUAACUCUCAACGCCAGGGUGAAGAACCACAGUAGAGGCAAUACUGGCGACAGUAGGAAGCAAAAGAGGAAGGAGCAAGUCCUGGUCCUUCCUCUGGAUUUCUGCUGUCUCUUGCAUCCCUCAUUUGCAGAGCCUAACAGAAAGCUGGGUGAUAAAGAAAUGAACUUUGUGGGGUCCCAGCCCAGCCUGACAAAGCAGAUUACAGGAAGCACAGAAGGGUGGGUGUGAAGCUGAAAGACAACUGCUUAAUAACCAGCCCAGUCUACCCCUUUGGCUAUCCAGCAUCCUCUAUCCAUAACUGAAUUUCUGUACAAUAAACAUAGCUUUGUGGUUCUC